UGUAUUUCCCACAGACAUUUUCCAUUGCUGUGAGAUUUCACCAUGUGGCUCUCAAUGAUGGUCCUCUUGGCGCUCUGUGCCACGGGAAAAACAGAGGAAAACACCACGCAGAGUCCAGCCGGAGAAGAAAAACUCAUCAUUGCCAGAGGAAAACUGAUUGCUCCCAGUGUGGUGGGAUGAUCCAUAAAGAAGAUGCCUGAGCUCUACAAGUUCCUCAUGGAGCGCUUGGCACUGUAUCAUAACCUGGAGUAUGAUUCCGGAGACGACAAAAACCCACGUCUUAUCUUUUACAACGAGAAGGAUGAGGAGGUGAAGAUUGUUCCACUCAAGAAGAUGAAGUCAGAUGAAAUCUGUGAUCUUCUGGACUCUCUUGGCUUCUACAAGAGGUCACAAAAAGGAGAGGAUGUCCCUGAAGAAUUUAUGAAUUUCCCCCUGAAGGCUCCACGAGACGAACUUUGACCCCUGGUGGCCAACAGCUGCAACUGCACCAAGCAAAAUAAUGACGCCCAGGACCUCAAGGCCUCACAAUUGGGUCAGGUUCUGGGCUGAGAUACAGUAGUGUUAGCUUGGUGCAGCAGCUGUUUGCAACUAAUCACUUAAACAUGAUGAAUUGCAUAAUAAAUGGUUUUGAAAUCUU